AGGCAUGAAAAAGGUAUGCUUUUAAAUGUUGAAACGUAACAAUGAAAAGUAGUGUACUUUUGAGUCUAGGAUUUCAGGAUUCCAGGAUUCAAAGAAUGAAAUCCAGUUUGGAGGGCGUUUAUGUACUGAUUUAUGGCGACUUCUGUGUCGUUUUUGGAAAACAUCUGCUCACAUCGGUUUUUCUUUCUAUCAGUCGACAUUUCGCCUGAUGUAUUUGGAUAUCUGUACUGUCGUACUUUAGUGUUGCUUGUGAUGUGAUCAGUGCUUUUUGAUUGGACGGUCCAGAAAAGACCACCCGCCAUUUAUUCCGCAUAGAUUAUAGGCAGAAAAGUCUUCAGUAUGCAUUAGAAUAACGACUAGUGAAUGACAAAAUAAAUUAAAAAAAGAGUUUUGAUAUUCUAUGUUGAAAGCGAGUACGCUGUGUGAUGUUUUCAUUUAAUGUUCUAGAACACUGUUUUUCGCGCAUUAACCCUGAAGCUCUUUUGAGUCAGAUUAAAGUGUGAAAGAACUGGGUGCUUCUACAAAUGGAUCACCUCCCUGCCACUGUCAUUCACAUCAUACUCACUGCAAUACCACUUGGAGGUGACCAGUUUGUAGAGGAACGAAGAAUUGCUACACGUAUAAGAGGUUCCUGAUCAGAUUUUCUGUCUCUUUAUGAUAAGUUUUCCUCGUCGACGCUGCACUUAGCAAACAUGAAUCAACUCUAAACUUGUUUUGUAUGCAGAAACAGCUAAAAUAUGUUUAAAUUGGCAAAUUUCACGGUUAUUGCACUGACUUUGCGUAAACUGUCCUGUUUACGGGUGGUUUUCAUCAGCUUUAUGAUUUCAGAUUGAAAUUUUCAGGAAAAAGCAGAUUUUUUUGCGUUUUUCUGUCUUAGCCUGUAGAAGCAGUCUCAAGUGUGAAAAGCAAUUCAAGAUGGGAUGUCUUGACGAAGUUACACUAUUCUUUAAAACGAAUUUUUUGCCCGAUACGCAGUUCUAACGUCUUACUUCCAUAGAUUUAAGUAUUUAGUCACCCCUAUUUGUGCUCGACUUGUGCUUCAAGCUAUUUGCGCUUUAUCCAAGACAGAUUUUAAAUAGUGAAAUGUCAAACGUUUAAAAAUCUUCAUGACUUUAUCUUGAACAACCUUUCUGAACAUGUCCCCAGGUUCAAAGAAACUUGUCAUCAAUCUCGAUACUCAAAAAUAGUGCAUUUAAAACUUCGUGAAAUUGAAUUUUGUGCUUGAGCAUUAGUUUCUGUCUGUUUUAUGUGAUCAGUGUCAAAGUCUAUGCAUCUAAUGACUUUAUUUCACUGCUAUCUGAAGUAUAAAGCUAUUUCAAAUCUCUGUAUAGAGGUGUACUGGUAGCUCACCACACGGCUUACUUAUACUGCCUAUAAGUAAAAUUAUUACACUAUUUUAUGUGCUUCGUGAACAUACGAUUGUCGCGUUGAGUUAAUGUCCGUACAAUGUCUUUUCUUCGUUUUAUUGUUUUUAGCCUAUGCCACAAUGACAAAAACACAAAGUUCGCUAAACGAGUUUGGCCAUUUACUCAACAAAAAUAUCGAUAAAGCUGCAGCCAGCACAUUUGAUUUAUCAAAAAUUCUGUCGAACAACGAAUUAGCAGUAUUUAGUCAGUAUGAACAUUCGCAAGGCGGAACGCCUGAAACAUUAUUUUUCGGUUUAUUUCCAUUACUAUCCCAUUUUUCAAAUCAAAGUUAUUAUGAACAUCUAUUUGGAUACAAACCAUUUAAUGUCUAUUCGGUUAUAGUUGGACCAACAGGUUCAAUGAAAACAACAAAUAUAAAUAAAUGGAUGAAAGCUGCAUAUAAAGUCGAAAAUAUGUUUCCAUCAUCAUAUAUUAGAGAUUUAGAUAUAGGCAAAAACACACAAGCGACGAGAUCAAUCGUGACUAAUUUGAAUAGUUUAUCGUUGAGAAAACAUUUUACAAAAGGCGACGUGCUAUUAUGUGCAGAUGAAAUUGAUACUGUAUUUGAAAAAUUAGGUGUUUUCGACGUGGGUACCCCAAAUAAAGCAGAAGAAAAUACAUUAAUAUGUAAUGCAUUUGAUCAAAUUAAAAACUCUACAAGAACAACUGGCUCUACAUAUGUACAUAUUGAAUCAGCAAAACUAUCGAUC